GAGGAAGUAACUCCGUCUGUCGUUCCUCUUGAGGGGAUCGUGGUUCCGUCAGAGUGGAACGGUAAAAAGAAUGGCUCACUGUCAAGCUGAAAAUGUCAUCAAGAACAUAAUCCGUGAAAUAGGGCAAGAAUGUGCCAUGAAGGGACAAAAUGUAUCAGAAACUCUGGUGGCAUUCAUGGUGAAAGCUGUUGUACUGGAUCCAAAUAAUGGAUUUAAUGUGGAUAAAACCCUAACAAAAGCUGAUGUUCAGAAACUUAUUAAGCUUUGCAUUGACAGACUUCUUGAUGUUAGAAAUCCAUCCUUGGAGACAAUUAAGAUGCAAGUUUAUUUUGAUAUGAACUAUACAAAUCGAGUUGAGUUGAUUCAGGAGCAGCAUCGUGUUCUAGACUCCAGGCUUGCUCCUAUAUGUAGAGAAAUUACCGAUAAUCGAGCUCGUACCCGAGAAGAAUUAGAAAGUGUUUAUCGAAAGAUUGUCAGCUAUGUGCUGCUACGCUCUGGCCUUGGAUCUCCUACAGAUAUCAAAGUCAUUAGAGAGGCAACAGCCGCCCUGCAGAGUGUAUUUCCUCAGACAGAGCUUGCGGCUUUCCUUUCCCUCAAUAAAAAAGAGAAAGAACGACAGUUGAAAGAACUCACCAUGAUUGUCACAGGAAUUCGAUUGUUCAACAAGGACUGUGGGAAAGGAGGCGAAGGCAUUGAUGACUUGCCAGCAAUUUUGAAUGAAGCUAUCCCAGCAGCCAGCCAUCAUAUAGAUAUUGAGCUGCAUGCUUCCCAAGAGCUGGCCCACCGAUACACGGCCUUAAUUGAAAUUAUGCACCAGAGUCAAAAUGCUGAAAUAGAACUUAGGAAGACAAUGCUGAAAGAAGUACUCUACAAUGUAAGGCAACAUGAAGCUUUUCUGUGCAUUAUUCUGUCUGAUGUGAUCACAUGUGCACAAGAAGUUGAAAUGAUGCACAAGGAGUUUGCAGCUGAGAUGGAACAGGUCAACAACAUUGUUCAGUCAAAGACAGCAGUGCCCACAUCUUUAGUUUAUCCUGUAUUUAUUUCACUUUCUAACAUUUGGACCAGUUUUCAAGAUGAAAUAUUGGUGCUCAGUUUCCUCAAUAACUUGACUGUCAGUCUCCAGCAGUUCUUAGAAAUCCACAGAUUGAUCUUUCCUGAAGAUGUGAUGGAAUCUCUCCUUGAAGAUGUUGUUGUCAAAACUGAUGAGGAAAGGUUACAGGAAAAUGCUGAUAACAAAGUAAAUCCUGCUGAUUUUAUCAAAGAAGAAUGGCUCUUUCCAGAAAGUACAAUUAAUUUUAGCCAACUGCUGCUUCAGUACCAUGGGUUUUGUGCAUAUACUUUUGCUGUUAAAGAUGGCCUCCUCAUUCCAGGAAAUCCUUCCAUCGGAGUCUUGAAACAUAAGGAGAAAUAUUAUUCUUUCAAUUCUAAGGAAGCUGCAUAUACUUUUGCCAAGAAUCCAGAGAAAUAUAUUAAGAUGAUAGCAGAAAAAGGAAAGGGAUGUGCAGAGCUUAUUCAGCUGCUUGAACUUCAUCAUCAAUUUGAAUCCCUGGCCCCUUAUUCUCAGAUUAGAGCUAAAGACAAGCAUUUACUACAGCCAAUCACAAAAUGUGACAGCAGUACUCAGACUGACACCCACAUUUUGCCACCAACCAUUGUGAAGAAUUAUGAGUGGAAUGAAUGGGAGCUGAGGAGAAAAGCCAUCAAACUGGCUAACUUGCGCCAAAAGCUAACUCACUCAGUGCAGACUAACCUCAGUCAUAUGAGACGAGACAACUGCAGCCAAGUAUACUUGAUGAAGGAUUCUGGCACACAAACCAAACGAGAGAACAGUAGUAAGGUACCCAAGCCACAGAUUUUCCUAGCUGGUCUUCGUGGAGGAACACCCCCAACUACUCGUAUGACCAAAGUGAAUUUAACUAGAGCAGUUGAUGAAACAUAACUUUGCUCUUUAAGUGAAAAAUAUUUCAAUAAAUUAAACUGUUUAAAA